UUUUUUUAAAAUUCGAUUAAGCGCAAAUGAGGGUAAUAAAUAAUGUUUGAAACGCUAAGUUUGAUUAUGGCAUGUUUUAUGAUCCAUUAAGCAAACGAAAGAUGUCAUUGGGAUUGUUUGGUUCGUGCAUGCAGAUAAAUUCCUCUGAAUUUUCUAAUUUUAGAAACUCUUCUAGCUCAAGCAAAUCUUUUUCUAAAAGAACUUUACAAACUAAUCAAACCGCUAAGAAAAACAAAUGGCCGUCACUUGUUUUGCUCACAAAAGCAGAAGAAUUAGUUAUAGUAAAUGGAAGAAAUAGAAGAAGGUUUCCUGAUCCUGUUCGAGAUCGGUCAAUUUUAUUGGCUUGUUUAGACCCUUUUACUGAAAAUAUGUUAUAUCUCUGUCAUUGUAAACAUCAAAGAACAAUAAAUGCUAAUCCAGCUGUAUUUAAGCAGAGAGUGACUUUAGAUGAUGACGAAUGUCAAUAUUUUAUAAGUCUUGAUAUUAUUCAAAUUGAUGAUAGUAAUGAUACUCAAAUAAACUAUGAUGACAUAUUAAAAAACUUUCUCAUAGCAGACGUUCGUGAGCAUGCAAUUGCUGGAGAAUGUCUUCCUGCUGGAGUGUCUGGAUAUUGGGUUCGGAUUUUUGGUCCACAAAGAAAGUUUAAGUUUAUAGUGUCAUUAUGGAGAGAUAUAUCUGAAAAUAUAAAAUCACGAACAGAUGGACUAAUGAAAAUUGGAGAAAUUUGUAUAAAUAUUUUAAAUACUGGUGUAAGCAGAGCAAAAAAAAAACAAAAAAAGAAUAAUGCAUUAUCAGCUUCUCGAACCAUGAUGAAUAGUUCAAAUAUAAAUAUUAGUAACAGUUUUCCAUCUUUUUGUUCUCGUGAACUCUACAUCCUUAUGUCAACUUCAUUGCGUGAAUGUUUAGAAAAUGGCAAGUUUGAUUUGUUUGAAGAAAUGUAUUCAAAAUUCUCAGGAGACUUGACAAUAAAAAAUCAAGAUAAUAUUGAACUUAAUCAUUUUUUAAGCAGCGAGAAAGCUCUUUUUUUAGCCAUGCAAGGGAAGCUUGCUGAAGCAAAACACCUUCUACAAACAACAGUAGAAAAAAGUGUACCGAAGAGUCCGAAUAAAAUUUUUUUAUUAAAUAAAGCAUAUCUUGUUUUAACAAAUGUGCACAUUAUUGAAGGAAAUUAUGGUACAGCUGAAGAAUGUUUAAAUGUUUUACAAGUUGACAAAAAAAAUGGUACACCUUUUGAUGAUGCUGCUUUUUUUUAUUAUCUAUAUGGAAUUAUUUUAAUGAAUUUUGGAAAAUCUUUGCAAGCUUUUUCUUCAAGUUUAUGGAAAGAAAGUUAUGAAGCGUUUAUUAAUUCUCUAAAUAGCUUUGAUCAAUCUUCACCAUCUAUGUUAAAUCAACGAUGCAAAAUUAUACUAAACAUCAUACGUUUAUCAUUAUAUGCAAUUUCUAGAAAAAUCAAAAUUCCAUCAAUUAGUUUAUCUGAAUUAUGUCCAAUUUGCAACGAUAUUUCUGAUGUAAAAGAAUGUAUAAAAAUGGUAGAAAUGAUUAGUUUACAUAAAAUGUCUGCCAGGACCUUUUGUUUGCUUAAUCUUGUAAAAGCAGAAGUUGUUUUUAAUGAAAAUAACUGGGCUGCUGGUUAUGCUAUGUUAGAAGAUCUUGAAAAAGAAUGUUCAAAAUUAAAAUUUAAAGAUAUAAGCUUAUUAGGUGAUAGUGUGAGAUCCUGGUGGAGAUCCAAGGAGUACAAAGAAUUUAUGCUGAGUAUAGAAAAUGAUUGCGUUUUAGAUCUUUCAUCUGAAAAUGUAACUCAAGAUACUUAUGGUGGGGAUGAAAGUGGAAUUUAAUUUACUAAAUAAAUUUAUUAAAUCUUUUUAAAGAAAA